UGUAUAUUUAUUUAUUUAUUUAUUUAUUUUUGAGUUCUGUUUGGUGAAAAGAGUGAUGAAACUUGAAAGUAUCUCUAAUCCACCGUUUCAUUGAAAAUGGCUUGCCCUCUCUAAAAUAUCUAAAUUUCUCAAUUAACCCUCUUUUUUCUUCAUUUCUCUUUGUUUUACUACUUUAAACCCUAAUCUUUCCCUUUCUCCGAUCCGCUACUCUAUUUUGUGCCUCACCGAUUCAAGGGUAGUCCCAUUCUCGCUACGGUUGACUUCACUAGAUCUAGAAUUGUUAAAGAGAAAUUUAACAAUAUGAAGAACACGGAGCGGGUUGCGUUUUUGGCUUUAGCAGGGUUAACCUUAGCACCGCUUGCUGUGAAAGUAGAUCCGAAUUUGAAUGUCAUUUUGACUGCUUGCCUCACUGUGUUUGUGGGCUGUUACCGUUCUGUCAAACCGACUCCUCCAACUGAGACAAUGUCCAAUGAACAUGCGAUGCGAUUUCCUUUUGUUGGGAGUGCAAUGUUACUGUCCCUUUUCUUACUCUUCAAGUUUCUCUCCAAGGACUUGGUGAACGCUGUAUUGACAGCCUACUUUAUUGUGCUCGGGAUUGUUGCAUUAUCGGCAACACUAUUACCAUCUAUCAAACGGUAUCUGCCAAAGAAGUGGAACGAGGAUGUCAUAGUCUGGCGCUUCCCAUAUUUUCGAUCUUUGGAGAUUGAGUUUACAAGAUCACAGAUUGUUGCUGCUAUCCCUGGCACGUUCUUUUGUGUGUGGUAUGCUUUGAGGAAGCAUUGGCUGGCAAAUAAUAUACUGGGUCUUGCUUUCUGUAUUCAGGGAAUUGAAAUGUUAUCUCUAGGAUCUUUCAAAACUGGUGCUAUUCUCUUGGCCGGUCUAUUUGUAUAUGACAUCUUCUGGGUUUUCUUCACUCCUGUUAUGGUCAGCGUUGCAAAAUCUUUUGAUGCUCCAAUAAAGCUUCUGUUCCCCACAGCAGAUUCUGCAAGGCCGUUUUCAAUGCUCGGGCUUGGUGAUAUUGUUAUCCCUGGUAUUUUUGUUGCAUUGGCUUUGCGGUUUGAUGUGUCUAGAGGAAAACAGCCCCAGUAUUUCAAGAGUGCAUUUUUAGGAUACACCACUGGCUUGGUCCUUACAAUCGUUGUGAUGAAUUGGUUUCAGGCUGCACAGCCUGCUCUUCUGUACAUUGUUCCUUGUGUAAUUGGAUUUUUGGCCGCACAUUGCUUAUGGAAUGGUGAAGUCAAACAGUUGUUGGAUUUCAAUGAGUCAAAGAGUGCUGAUUCAUCAUCACAGGAGGGGACUGAUGCCAAAGCUAGCAAGAAGGUAGAAUAGGUUGAGGAGCUUCUAUUCCCAAUACCCAAAUACUUCUGAAGCUAACUGAUUCAGCAGCACCACACCUCUGUAACAGAUUGUAAUUCACAAGGAAAAAAAAAUUAGUCUCUUUUAGUUUCCCAUUUAGCUUUUACUUCUUGACUGCCCCCAGUUUUGGGUUUCUAUAGCAAACAUUUUAUAAA